AUGGCCAACAAUAUACCAGACAAAAUUCUGACUAAAAAAGAAGAAGAUGUGUUGUCAUCUUGGAUUGGGAACCAAUGUCAGUUUCAGCUGUUGUACAAAAUGAGUCGGGAUGGACUGUCACCUAAUACAUUUCAUCAACUUUGUGAUGGCAAAGGCCCCACCGUAACUGUACUGUACAACACUAUCGGUAAUGUGUUUGGAGGUUACCUCUCACAAAGCUGGAACUCCAAUAAUGUCCAGAUCACAGAUGAGAACGCGUUUCUGUUCAAAUUGCGAGAUCAAAAUCAAUCCUACAUGAAGAAAUUUAGUAUCCGAGUACCUGCGAUGGCUGCAUGUGGAGUAAGAGAGUGGGGACCCACAUUCGGCGGAAGGACUACGCUUGGUGCGUUUUUGUCAAACGAGCGAAAUAUACCUUGUUUUCAGCAAGUUUUACCAAAUCAGAGUACACAGAUUUUUGACUUGCAUACUUUUUCUGACAGUAAAAAGAAUUUUGUUCCAAAUCAAUGUCAGCAACGUACAUAUAAUCAAGUGGUUGCUUGGCUAAACGGGUUUGCUUUGAAUGGACAGGAACAUCUCGGAAACAGUUAUAGCGGCAGCAGUAAUGAGGUAGAUAGUUGGGACUCUGGAAGUACAUUGUCCGGGGGAGAUUUCAAUGUCCUAGAUUUAGAGGUGUGUCUUCUUAAGGGAACUGAUCAACCUUGGAGAGAAGUGCCCCUGUGGAAUUCACAGUCUUUCCAUUCACUUAAAGACUACAUCUCGAAAUAUCGUCCUCUUGAAGAUACCAGUGUGACCAAUGUAAAUAUUUUACUGCUUGGUCAAGUUGGAGCUGGAAAAUCGAGUUUUUUCAACACCAUUAACUCAAUUUUCCGUGGAGAAAUUACAUCACGUGCAUGUGCAGGAAGUUCCGAGCACAGCUUGACAACAACGCUAAGAAAAUACAGAGUUCGGGACCCCAGCUCCAGUCAGUAUCUGAAUUUAAGACUGUGUGAUAUGCGUGGAUUAGAAGAGAGCGUAGGCGUCAAGAUACAAGAUAUUGCCUUGCUUUUAGAUGGCCACAUUCCGCAACAUUACCAGUUUAACCCAGCCUCUCAUGCUACACACAAAUUCCCUGGAUUUAAACGAGACCCAAACUUGCAGGACAAAAUCCACACGUUGGCCUUUGUGAUAGACGCCAGUACCAUUAACGUCAUCAAUACCGCUGUCGAACACCAAAUGAAAGAAAUCCAGAGCUUAACUGUUGAGAGGGGUAUUCCGCAGGUUAUCUAUUUGACAAAGCUAGACAAAAUUUGUCCUGAUGUAGACAAUGACAUAAGAAACAUCUUCACGAGCAGCGCGUGUAAACAAGCAGUGGAUACGGUGGCUGACGUCAUUGGAGUUCCCAGAUCGCAUGUCUUCCCCGUCAAAAACUAUGAGAAAGAAACUCGACUACACACAUCAAUCGAUAUUUUGGCUCUCUCAGCAUUGCGUCAGACUUUGGUAUUUGCAGACGACUUCUUGGAAGAUCAAAGUGAAUUUGCAGAAUGAAUGUGCAUACAUAACCGAUUGUUUGGAAAUUUUGGAUCCGUUCUGUGAACAUUUGAGAUAAUUAUGUCGUGUAAAUAUUCACUUCAAAACAUUAGACACACUGCCAUUUUAAAAAUACAAGCAGUAUACGUAUUUCUGAAUUACAAGCUAAUAAAGAGGUACAGAUAUUUAAAUGAGAGGAGCACUGUAGACUAAUUGAAGAACAAGAUAAGAAUAAUAGAAAACGAGUUAAUAGUAAUAAAAAUAGUAAUGAUAUAUUGUAGUUAUAAGAAUAUUAAUAGUGGUGGUAGAAAAAACAGCAGCAGCAGCAGCAGCAGCAGCAGCAGCAGCAGUAGUAGUAGUAGUAGUAGUAGUAGUAAUAGAUUAAGUAGUGAUAAUUGUUGUUGUUAGUUGUUGUUGUUGUAGUUGUGAUAUUAGUAGUAGCACUACUGCUAGUAGUAGUAGUAGUAGUAGUAGUGGUAGUUGUAGUAGUAGUAGUAGUAGUACUAGUGGUAGUUGUAGUAGUAGUAGUAGUAGUAGCAGUAGCAGCAGUAUUUGUGAUAGUAGUUGUAAAAGUAAUAAUGAUGAUGAUAAUAAUAUAAUAGCAGCAGCAGAAGCAGCAGCAGUAGUAGUAGUAGUAGUAGUAGUACGUAGAUGUAUUGAGACGAAAUAUUUCAAAUAACACGUUGCUCGUCCAGUUCUUACCAUGUAUGUUUGAAUUAUGCACGCCACACGAGUGUAGCAAAACUUUAUAUUAGGGUUUAGUAAACAAGAGGGUACGGUGUCAUUAAAUCAAAAUGGAAUUUUGUCAACUACUUCUGCUAUUAAUUCAACGCUUCCUCAAACAAAAUUGUGUCUUCUUUUUUGUCAGAUUUUUAAUUGUUCCCCAAUGAUAUCAAAUAUUCUAUCACUCAUUUGGUACAAAAUAUUAGACCAGUAUAAGGAACUUCAAGAUAUAAAGCCGAAAUGGAAUUUCAAUAUACAGUUUACUUGUUUGAAAGGUGACAAUAACGAACAGUUAUCAGCUUAUAAACCUCAUAAUGAAUACAAAAUC